CGCGCCGCGGCGCUGGACGAGCUGAAGGCGCGCGGCUGGAACGACCAGCUGCCCGGCCGCGACGCGAUCGCGAAGCGCUUCGAGUUCGAGAACUUCAACGAGGCCUUCGGGUUCAUGACGCGCGUCGCGUUGUACGCCGAGGGCUGCGAUCACCAUCCCGAGUGGUCGAACGUCUCCUCGGUCGUGCACGUCGUGCUGGCGACCCACGACGUCGGCGGCGUCUCCAGCAAGGACCACGCCCUCGCGGACUUCAUGGACUACGCCGCCGUCCGCGCG